AUGGCGCAUGGGGUCCUCUGCCGCUUGGUGCUGCUCUGUGCCUUGGGCCUGGGCCUGGGUCAGCAGCCCCUUGGGAGCCUGAGCUGCGGUCCCGGCCGCCUCCUUCACGGGACAGGGACAGACGCGCGCUGCUGCCGCUCCUGCACCACCACUGAGGAGGGCUGUUCUGAAUGGGACUGCGUGUGUGUCCAGUCUGAAUUCCACUGUGGAGACCCUCAGUGCAAGAGCUGCAAGCAUCACUCCUGCCCACCAGGCCAGGAGGUGCAGCCUCAGGGGAAAUUCACUUUUGGUUUCAAGUGUGUCGACUGUGCAGUGGGGACCUUCUCCAGGGGCCAAGAGGGCCGCUGCAAGCCUUGGGCAGACUGCCCCCAGUUUGGGUUUAUCACCACGUUCCCUGGGAACAAGACCCAUGACACCGUGUGCAUUCCGGAGCCGCUGCCCAAUCAGCUGCAUGGCCUGCUGGCUAUUGUGCUCCUUGCUGUGACCACCUGCAUCCUUGUCCUGACCACUGUUCAGCUUGGGCUGCACAUCUGGCAGCUGAGAAGGGAACACGUAUGCCCCCAAGAGACCCAGCGACUUCUAGAGGUGCUGCCACCAGCCGAGGACACCUGCAGCUGCCAAUUCCCUGAGGAGGAGCAUGGAGAGCGGCUGGCAGAGGAAAAGGGUCGGCUGGGGGACCUGUGGGUAUGAGUUUGGCCAUUUUUGUGGGCAGUCAGACCCCAGGCCAUACCCUCCCAGGAAGUCACCUAGGCUGACCCUCAGGAGCAGGGAUUCUACGUCCUGCCCUGGGCCUGCCCCUGCUCCUCUGACAGUGGAAGUGGGUGCAGGAUGAUGACAGAGAUGAGUCCCCACACCAUGCAGAAGGGCAGCAGCCAUGGUUGGGCCUUCCACUGUUGCUGGCCCUGUUGGUGUAGGGUCUGUGAGUCCCUGAUGCCUAGCAUAGGAGACCAUGACUGUGGAUGUGUAGCAGCACAGGA